AUGUUCAAGUUGACAGCAAUCGCAAGGUUAUUCUUGGGUAGUUUUCUUGUGCUUCUACUGAAUUCCAAUGGCGUUACGGUGGCCUUUGUGACGAACUCGAAUCCUGUUGCGAAACCUAGCACGACUGGCUUGUCAUCAUUAAGCGAACUAGGCGGCAACAGCAUGGUUUCUUUUUCUCAAGUGUUAUUGCCUACUUAUUUGGGAGCUGCCUUUGCUGCUUUGUCAUAUAAAAUUGAUCAGGAUCCUCAAUUCAUGGUCGAAUGGGUGAAAGAAGCAAGACAAAAUCCAAAGACUGCCGUCGAACAAAUUACCAUGGUAGCAAGCUUUGGUUUGGUGACGAUUCCGCCCUUUGCGGCUCUACAUACCAUGGCAACGGCUGGAAAGGUCGCCACUACUACUGCUGCUGGUACUGCUGCUGGCACUGCCGCCCUUGCCAAGACUACAACUGCCACCAAGGCUGUCACAACUGCCAAGGUUGCGGCUGCCACCAAGACGACCGCUGUUGCCGCAGCAGCUGCUACCGGAGGAGCUACAAUCGCCAUACCCACCAUUGCAGUGCCCAUUUCCUUCGCUUUGGCCACUGCCUAUGUGUCGUAUGAAAUGGAUAAAGACCCUGAUUUUGCCGUCAAGAAAUUGGAAGCAUUCGUCGAAUUAUGGCAUACCAAGGUUGUGCAAAGGGAAGUGAGUGCAACAUCAACUACCAGGAGUAGUACUAGUACUAGUACUAGUGCCACUAGUACUAGUAUUACUCCCAGUAAUCCUGUGGCAACUUCUGGGACACUUGCGGUGGGAUCUACUCCUGUGGUGGCUACUUCAGGAACGCUCGCCGUGGGGUCAACUGCAUCGGCCGCUGUCAUGAGAGAUGAUAAGGUUGCAAUCACCACUGCGGCUGCUGCUACGGUCAAUAAAGCAGAGCCAGUGAUUGUUGCUGUCCCAACAACUACUAUUGCGGCCACUCCAGUCGAUGAGGAACCAACCAAGGUCCAAAAGGCAUUACGUGUUUUGCAGUCCUUGUAUUUCCCAUGGUUACCCAUGUUUGUCCCCCCCGCUGGCUCAAGAAGGCACAAAGCCGUCAAGUUUGCGCAAGCGCUAUAUUUUCCGUGGUUGCCCAUGUUUAUGCCUCCCAAAAAACAGGGGGCACAACAACAAAAGGCAUGA